CUCGGCCCGGUCCCGGAGCGGCCGGGCGCCGAGCCGAGGCCCGCGGCCGGCCGCAUGAAGGACUGCGAGUACCAGCAGAUAAGCCCCGGGGCCGCCCCGCCGCCCGCCUCCCCCGGGGCGCGUCGCCCCGGCCCCGCCGCGCCCCCUGCUCCAAGCCCCGGGCCCGCGCCUGGCGCGUCGCGCUGGAGCGGCAGCGGCAGCGGCAGUGGCAGCGGCAGCGGGAGCCUGGGCCGCCGGCCCCGGCGUAAGUGGGAGGUGUUCCCGGGCCGCAACCGCUUCUACUGCGGCGGCCGGCUCAUGUUGGCCGGCCACGGCGGCGUCUUCGCGCUCACGCUGCUGCUCAUCCUCAGCACCACCAUCCUCUUCUUCGUCUUCGACUGUCCCUACUUGGCCCGCACACUGACCCUGGCCAUCCCCAUCAUCGCCGCCAUCCUCUUCUUCUUCGUCAUGAGCUGUCUCCUGCAGACCAGUUUCACUGACCCUGGCAUCCUACCCCGGGCCACCGUCUGUGAGGCCGCUGCCCUGGAGAAGCAGAUCGAUAACACAGGCAGCUCCACAUACCGACCGCCUCCUCGGACUCGGGAGGUGAUGAUCAACGGACAGAUGGUGAAGCUCAAGUAUUGCUUCACCUGUAAGAUGUUUCGGCCUCCCCGGACCUCACACUGCAGUGUCUGUGACAACUGUGUGGAACGGUUUGACCAUCACUGCCCUUGGGUGGGCAACUGUGUGGGGAGACGGAACUACCGCUUCUUUUAUGCAUUUAUUCUCUCCCUCUCCUUCCUGACGGCCUUCAUCUUCGCCUGCGUGGUCACCCACCUGACCCUGCUUUCUCAAGGAAGCAACUUCCUCUCCGCUCUAAAAAAGACACCAGCGAGUGUGCUGGAGUUGGUCAUCUGCUUCUUCUCAAUCUGGUCCAUCCUGGGCCUCUCAGGGUUCCACACUUACCUCGUGGCCUCCAACCUGACAACUAAUGAAGAUAUCAAAGGGUCUUGGUCCAGCAAGAGGGGUGGCGAGGCCUCUGUCAACCCCUACAGCCAUAAAAGUAUUAUCACCAACUGUUGUGCUGUACUCUGUGGCCCAUUGCCCCCCAGCCUGAUUGACCGGCGGGGAUUUGUGCAGUCUGAUACCGUGUUGCCCUCACCCAUCAGAAGUGACGAGCCAGCCUGUGGAGCUAAGCCAGACGCCAGCAUGGUAGGAGGCCACCCCUGAAUGUGACUGAGUGCUUACCUGCUGCCCUCCACACCUGCCGGGACCCUCCCCAUGCCAUCUGAGGGAAGCAGCCGCCAAAGACUCGAGUCUUUUCCUAUUUAUUUCCCACCCAGCAUGGUUUUCUUUGAACUAUACCAUAGCUGUGUCCUCUGCUUCCCAAACCUAGGUUCCCACAGUUUAGGCCCUAGGUCCCCCAGCUGGUCAGUGGCAGGAGAGAAAGAGAGCCACAGCCUCUGGAGGCUACUAAGGAGACUAUGCCAAGUCACUGCCUGAGCCCAGGGAGGCCCAGCAUGAGUGAGGGCAUGAACUGAAUGGGCGGCCUCCCAGCUGAAGGCAUGUUUGGACCUUGGUGAGCCAGGGGGUUCUGGGAGCAGGCCUGCUGAGUAGCUGGCUCUGAGCCACAGGCAACAGGUGGGGACCCUUCCGGGGACUGCUUUGGUUUGGGGCUCCUACAUUCCAUUUGUGAUGACCACUGGGGUUCUUUGGGGAGGGGUUGUAUGGAAUUAGCCAGUAGGAUAGAGCUGGGGUACUAGUAGAGGACAUGGGUAGAGGAUGAGAGGCAGCCUGUGUCAGAGGAGGUCAAACAAGCCAUCCAGGUCCCCAGAACCUUGCUCCUGUAGAGUCCUGGGCAGCACAGUAGAAGUGGGGACCUGGCUUUCCCCCUGUCCACAGAGACUCUCGAAAGGAUCCUUUCCUGUGCCCCCCAAUCCCUCUUCCAGGUCAGGGCUAGAGGUGGGUGGAUUAGCUCAAGCUGACAAUACUUGAAACGGGUUUAUUAAUGCUGGGUAUUUUGCACAAUUUUAUAGACUUCUUUUUUACAUAGCCUCUUAAAAAUAGGAGUUAAUGUGUUACUAUCCCUGUAGUGCCAAGUCAAGGGUUUUCAGAAGGUUAGGUAGUGUGAUACAUUUAUUACAGCAGUAGCUAUGAGGGAUUGUGUGUAUGCACACAUGUGUGUUCAUGCGUGCCGGUGUACAGAUACAGCUGACUCCUGUGUCCUCUGGGCUAGUCCCUUUCCCCAUUGCCCUGGGUUCAGAAGCAGCCUGAGAUAUGGGAGACUAGGGGGAGGCUGUGCGUUAGUCACGAGAGACCACUGGCUCCUGCCCACUUUCCUUUCACCAGGCCCUUUAGACUCCACCACCCAGCCCCCAGGUCACGCUCCCAGCUGUGACCUGCCCCAACAGGCUGAGGCUAGGUGUGGUGGGUGGGGUGAUGGCUCUGGGGAGCGGCUGCUAUUCUGCAAGCCACACCCCCUCCUAGGUGUUCUGCUCUGAGUGUUGGCUAGGGACUAGGACACAGAACGUUUCUGCUGAUCAGGAAUGAAGGAAGGGGCAGAGUGGACAGGAGGCAUGUGUGGGUGUCCAGAAGCUUCAGCAUGGCCUCUCAGCAAAACAGCCUUCUCCUUGGCCCAUCAGGUGGGCUGAAACCCUUGGAUCAAAGCAUAGGAAGUCACUACUAAGUCCCUUCCUUGUUCCCAAGGCCAGUGGGUCCCAGACAGAGCUAGGAAGUGGUGGGUGCCAGGGGGCACUGGGAGACGGCUUCAGAGCCCCAGGUCGUCCCGGGUGGCCCUGGGAGGUAGGUAGGAAGGAGUGGAAGAGGCUCCCUAACCGCCUUCCGUUUGAGCCAGUAUCUUUGUUCCUGCUUGUAAUAAAGCUUCUGUUUUUAAGAGUUGA